UCAACCGCACUCACUUUACUUGCUUGACACCUCCGGCUGUCCCUUUGGCGUGUCUCGCUGCAUCUGCAUGGAUAAGGCCCUGAUAGAGGUGCAAAAGACAUCCCGGUUUUACGUGUACGGUGCAGUGGGGAGCUCUUCAGUCGUCCAGUGGCCGGCUUUCGAGAAAUCGGCAACCGCUGCUAGUACUUCAGCUGCUUCGCGUGCCAAAGGUAGCGAGAAGGGCGCCGUUCAGCACAAGAAAGCGUGGGCGCAGACGACAGAUAUGACUUCCAAGGACACCGACAGGGCCUUGGAUGUUCCUGAGGAUAUGGAUGCCGACGGGCUGGCCGCGGCGGUAACCAAGCAGGGAUCGCUGGUCAGGCAGAUGAAGAAGGAUGGAGCGGCGGCGGAAGCUAUCCAAGCGGAAGUCGCAAAGCUGCAAGGUUUGAAGGCCAGCCUGGCAAAGGCGACGGCUGCUGUUGAGGCAACGAGCACCUUUGACGGGAAAGCCAUGGACGAUUUGGUGAUCCGGCGCAUGUUCGUGGUUCCGUCGUUCGAGAUCCACGGAGGUGUUUCCGGUCUGUACGACCUCGGCCCUCCCGGGUGCGGCCUCAAAGGGAACAUCGUGUCCCUCUGGAAGCAGCACUUCAUUCUGGCGGAGGGCAUGCUGGAGAUGGAAUGUACCAACCUUACCCCCGAGAACGUGCUGCAGACGUCCGGGCACGUGGACAGAUUCACGGACCUGAUGGUGAAGGACACCGAAACCGGAGAGUCGCUUCGUGCUGACAAGCUCUUGGAGGACAUCAUCGACAAGCUCCUCGCUGAAAAUCCCGCUAUGCCCACGGCGGAGCGUGAGGAACACCUUCGUGUGCAGAGGAUGGCGGACGCGUACAGCGCGGAGGAGCUCGGCGAGGUGCUGGACAAGUACGGUGCGAAGUCUCCGCAGAAGAACGACCUGACCAAGCCCUUUCCCUUCAACCUCAUGUUUAAGACUACGAUCGGGCCGGAGGGCACGCAGGUGGGAUUCUUCCGCCCCGAGACUGCACAGGGUCUGUUCGUUAACUUUCGCCGACUGCUGGACUACAAUGCCCAGAGGAUGCCCUUCGCCGCCGCUCAGGUGGGUCUGGGGUUCCGUAACGAGAUCUCCCCGCGUGCUGGACUCCUGCGAGUUCGCGAGUUCUGCAUGGCAGAGAUCGAGCACUUCGUUGACCCCAAGGACAAGAAGCACCCCAAGUUCGCUACCAUCGCCGAUAAGGAGCUCGUGCUCUUCGGGCAGGACGCCCAGCUUGGGACGGGCAAGACGAGCAAGAUGACUAUCGGGCAGGCGGUGAAGGACGGGCUGGUCGACAACGAGACGCUCGGUUACUUCAUGACCCGCACACAGCUCUUCUUGGAGAUGAUCGGGAUGGACCCUAAGCGCAUGCGGUUCCGACAGCACCUCUCGACGGAGAUGGCUCACUACGCCGCCGACUGCUGGGACAUGGAAAUCCAAGUCUCUGACGGGUGGACCGAGUGCGUGGGACACGCCGACAGGUCGUGCUACGACCUCGAGAUGCACUCCAAGAAGACCGGCGUGGCAAUGCUGGCAUCUUGCAAGCUCCCGGAGCCCAAGGUUGUGACGGAAUACAAGCUGCAGAUCGACAGAAAGGCGCUCGGGAAAACCUUCAAGGCAGAGCAGAAGAAGGUGAUCGCCGCGCUGGAGGCACUCUCGGAGAAGGAGGAAGACCUGCUGGCGUUCCAGGCGAAGCUGGAGGAGGAAGGGAAGGCGUCCUUGGGGGAGGGGGCGGGGUUCGAGAUCACCAAGGGCAUGUGCUCGUGGACGAAGGGCUCCAAGAAGAUUUCCGAGAUAAAGUUCACGCCCAGCGUAAUCGAGCCCUCGUUCGGCAUCGGGCGUAUCCUGCACUCCCUGCUGGAGCACAGCUUCUACGUGAGGGAGACGGAGGAGGGCGCAGACGACAAGGACAUGAAGAGGGGGGUCAUGGCGUUCCGUCCCCUGGUUGCCCCCAUCAAGUGCGCGGUUUUCCCCCUGAGCUCUCAGGCCGCGUUCAUCCCGCUGUGCGGUCGCGUCAUGGACGCCUUAGGAAAGAUGCACCUCAGCGCGAAAAUGGACGCUAGCGGGGCUGCUCUCGGACGGCGGUACGCCCGCAUGGACGAGCUCGGCGCGCCCUUCGGGGUGACCGUGGAUUUCCAGACGGUUGAGGACGAGACGGUGACGCUGAGGGAGAGGGACAGCAUGACGCAGAUCCGAAUGCCUAUGGCGGACGUUGCUCCGCUCAUGGCACGCCUCGUGACCGAGGAGGUCGCGUGGAAGGAGUGCACGUCCCAGUACCCCGUUGUUCGAGAAGAAGUCGGUGACAGCACCAGUGCCGCCGCCGCCGCUGCGUCAGCAAAGACGGCGGCCGGAGGGAGCGCCCUGACGACAGAAAGCACUCCCUGCGGCAUCUUCUCCAGACCGACGACCCCCAUCCAAGUCAAGCCUUGAGAGUCUCGCGGCCCUGGCACGAGGGUGCCGCAUGGUGUCGUCGUUUCCCUUCUUGCUUCGCUCCCCCGUUUUGUUGUCCAGCGCGUCGUUCGGGAGGGUUGCUGGUUGGUUGUUCGGUCUUGUAGCAGUGUUUGAUGUAGGUCCCGCGAAUGAAUCUCAUGUUGAUUUUUGUGUCGAACCCAUGUUCAAGUAGGUGGAGGAGCACCCACCUAUCUGCCGUUGGCCUUUUGGGGGCUCGGAUGUUUGCGUCUGGCAGGUUGGGGGGAGGGGGGGGAUAGACACGUUUCAGGUCUUACUGUUUGAGAAGGACGAAGGCAAGCACGGGGGGGAGCACAUCUGUUGCCGUCUCGAUCGUGUUCGAUCUUUUGCCGUUGCCGCAGCAAGUCUCGGUGGCUGCGUUCAAGUGUCAUCCAGUGAUUUCAUUAAUUACAUGGAACGAAGGUACCCAAUGAAAGCAUCAGCAGGUAGGCAUUGCUAGUUGUUUACCGGCGGGUGGGACGUGUAAUUUUCAGCCGGGGUUCCUAGUCCCCGAUGUCACGGUGCCGAGCGUUCUGUGCAGGCCAGCCAAUCCAUUUGUUGGACGGGUCGAAGCCCGAGCAAACUAUCUCCGUUGUCGGAAUUGCGUAUUGAUCCCAGUGUAACCAAAU